AUGUCAGAUUGGGGGCCAGUUUUCGUAGCAGUGGUGCUGUUUAUACUGCUCACUCCAGGGUUGCUGAUUCAGAUGCCUGGAAAAGGCCGAUUCGUAGAAUUUGGCAACUUUCAGACUAGUGGAAUCUCCAUACUGGUUCAUUCCAUUAUCUACUUUGCUCUCAUCUGCAUCUUCUUAUUAGCUAUUGGUGUCCACAUGUAUGUUGGCUCAUGA